UUUCGUACAUUUAAAAAUCCACUCGGCUCAUGUUCUUAGGUAGGCACAUAUUUCACACAAAAAUCAGUAAGAUUAAACCAAAAAUUUGACUUAAAAGGGUUCAAAUUGUUUAGAUGAGAAUACAUCAUUAAUUAUUAUCUUUUGCACUUGAACCUUCUAGUUUAUCAUCCUCACUCAGCACAGCAUGUGAGAUUUCUUUAUUAUGUCAUUAAAUGUCACGUAACCUAAACCCCACCAUGCCUAAUUUAUUCCAAUAGGCAAAAGCUAGCCACUAAAUUACAUUGUAUGAUUUUAUUUCUUUUUAAUUUUGUGUUCACAAGAGAGAUUGAGAGAGAGAAAGUCAAGAAAGGUUAAAAAGAGAUGGAAGGAGAGUUCAAGAACUUCAUCAAGGUAUGGAUCUUAGCAACAACAUGUUUAUGUUAUUGUUACUAUGUAGCAUCAAAAAUACCCAAAGGGGUAUUUAGGCUCAUUUCUCUUCUCCCCAUCUUCUACCUCUUCAUCAUUCUCCCUUUAGUCCUCACCUCCUUCCAUCUUGGCGCCCCUACAACCUUCUUCCUCAUUUGGCUUGCUAACUUCAAGCUCUUGCUCUUCUCCUUUGAUCAAGGACCUCUAUCUCCAGCAUCACUAAAACUUUUCCAUUUCAUCUCCUUAACGUAUCUUCCCAUAAAACUGAGACAAAACAAUGACCCAUCUCACACACAGAAACACCAAACAGCAUACACAACCUCAGCCCCUUUCCUGCCAAGACGGGUUGUAUUGCCCCUUAAAGUUUUACUUGUUGCUCUUCUGUUCCAUUGCUAUAGCUACAAGCAAUUCUUGCACCCUUAUCUGAUCUUAGCUUUGUAUUGCCUGCACAUGUAUCUUGAACUCGAGAUAAUUUUAGCCAUUUCAGCCACCCCGGCCCGAGUCCUUUUUGGGUUCGAACUCGAACCACAAUUCAACGAGCCUUACUUGGCUACUUCCUUACAGGACUUUUGGGGCCGCAGGUGGAACCUUAUGGUCACCAGUAUUCUACACCCUACUGUAUACUAUCCCGUGCGGCAAUUUUUUAUGGGUUUAAUUGGUCAGACAUGGGCAUCUUUGCCGGCUUUCGUAGCCACAUUUGUCGUUUCGGGUUUGAUGCAUGAGAUUAUUUAUUUUUAUGUCACCCGAGUGAGCCCCACGUGGGAGGUGACGUGGUUUUUUAUUGUGCAUGGAGUAUGCGUGGUUAUUGAGGUGGCACUGAAGAAGAUGGCGAAAGGUAGAUGGGAACUGGACCGUGCGAUUUCGAUUCCAUUGACUGUCGUUUUUGUGGGGGUGACUGCCGUUUGGCUGUUUUUCCCUCAGCUAACAAGAAAUAGAAUAGAUGAUAAGGCUAUAGGAGAGUAUUCGAUAUUUGUAAAUCUUUUGAAGCAGGAAUUAAUGUGCUUUCUUUCUUAUUUCUUCAAUGGAAUACAAUAAAAACCCUUAAUUAAUUCUCCGUUGUGCUUAAGGUAAUAAACUUUCUUUUUUCUUUUGAA